AUGGCGAAACAGUGGCGCGAGAUAUACCUUGAUGGGUUCUAUCUCUACAUCCUCGCCGCGAUCCUCAACGCGUCAGGAGUCCCUUACGCACUCACGUUUCUCCGACGCACCAACGGCGCCCUCUCCCGACGGGCAGAGCGUCUCGCGGGUGCCCAUGUCCCUUCGGUCAUGGCACUCACGUACGCGUUCAACGAGAGACGAAGCGUCGAGAGAGACAGGACUUUCACCACCGUCGACCUCGUGCGCAGGUGGAUGUGGCACAAUAGUGUCCGGACCGCUGUGUUGGUGGUAGGGACCGUGAUCGGUGCAAUGGCCGUGGCGAUGGAUGCUUAUUAG